UUUGAAUAAUUAUAUUUGCAAGGAAAAAUUGUAGAAAUCGAAAAUUGCCCUACUUGGAUCGGGCAUUGGCGUACCUGAUUUGGUACCCUAGGAAGUCAUGGUCGUAUUCUACUUGUAAAUAUCCGCAACCAACCGCCAUUACCGUAAUUCUAAGUUUCCGAUGAUGGAGAGCUUGAAUCCGAGCUCCGUUAACGGUGUAAUCGGCUUAGAAUUGAAGCCCGAGACUGGGUCCGCUAAUCUCAACGUCACAGUAUCUCACGGUCCCAACCAACUUCAAGUCGCCGUGCCCUCUAAUUCCACUUUUGGUGAUCUCAAAUCAGUUAUUGCUCAAAAAAUCGGACUGGAACCAGAGACCUACAAACUCUUGUUUAGAGGUAAAGAGAAAGACGAUGGUGAUCAUCUCCAGGAAGCCGGUGUAAAGGAUAAUUCUAAAGUUUUGGUUAUGGAGGACACAACACCUGUGCAGGAAAGCCCAGAAAAAGUGGAAACCAUUGUGAUCUCUCGAGGAGAUGCAGCUGUUGCUGAAGUCAGGGAAGAGGUCGACAAGCUUGCUGAUCAGGUAGCCGCUUUACAAGCUGUUGUUGAUGGUGGAACAACGGUUGAUGAUAAAGAUUUUCUUUACUUGACCGAGAUGCUCAUGAGGCAGUUGCUCAAAUUGGAUGGCAUUGAAGCUGAAGGGGAGGGGAGAGUCAAGAGAAAGAUGGAGGUACGUCGGGUGCAGAGCUUUGUGGAAACAGUGGACACACUCAAGUCAAGAAACGCUAAUCUUGAUAUCAACAAUAAUGGUAAUGGUACUACUGCAUCUGUAACACCUCAAUGCGAGACUUUUGAGCCUGGAUCUGAAAGUGUGAGCACCGAGUCCAUUGAACCAUCUUCUACUGCCAUUUUUCCAUCUUCAGACCCUAACUCCACCCCUGCCUCUGCCUCUACUCCCAUCCCUGGCCCGGGGCCGGCUUCUUCUCCUUCCCAUUUGCCAUCUUCUACUAAGGUAACUGAGGGAUUUGGAAAGCUUUGAUUAAUGAGUCCAUUGUUAGGAGUAUAUGAUUCGUGACAUUGACUGGGUCUGGAUGUCCCCUUGCCUACAUUUUGGUAAGAAGCUGUUAUAUAUGGCGUAAACAUUAUUUAUUCCAUUGUCUUUUUGGAGUUUUAUCAUGUCAAUAUUGUGUGUGCCUUUCUUAGUGUCGAAAAUUUUGAUGCUAUUGAGGCCAAAGGGGCCUGAAGAAUAUACAUCAAUUGGUGGAUACAUGCAUCACAGUUUUU